AUGAUAUUUGAAGAAUUAGCUAAUGAAUUACUACUCGAACUGUUUGAAUGUUUUAAUAUUACUCAACUAUUACGAGCAUUUCGAUGUCUUAAUUCACGUUUCGAUAAACUUCUCGUCAUCUAUUUGCGAAAUCUUCGUUAUCUUGAUUUUCGAUCAAUAUCCAAAAAUGAUUUUAAUUUUAUUUGUCAACAUCAUCUACCAUCAAUCAUGAAUAAAACUAUUUCACUCACGCUUUCGAAUGAUGAUGAAACUCCACAACAAAUUGAAUUAUUUUUUUCUUAUAAUUUCAUUCUUUCUCAAUUUCUUCAUUUACAAUCACUUUCAUUUUAUCAAAUUAAUUCACAAUCGAUCAUUCAACAUAUUGUAAUUGAUCUAGUUCAUCUUUCAAAUCUAACUCAUCUGAACUUUAUUGAAUGUUGCUUGUCUUCAUUAUAUGAAGAUCAUUUCUACUUGAUUGACAAUAUUUGGAAAUUACCGAAAUUAAUUCAUUUAAAAUUACAUGACACUUCUAAUGGGAGAAUUAAUUUUAUUUCAACAAGAUCAAUCUCUUUAUCUAUGGAAUAUAUGUCUAUUAAACAUUUUUGUAUGAGUAUGAACGAUAUAUAUCAAUUCAUGAAGCACAAACCUCAUUUACGGCAUGUUCAAAUUUAUACACAUUUGGAUGAUGAAGAUAUUCAUGUAGUUGAACAUUUUCCCUCGAUUAUUAAAUUUGAACUCAAUGAUGAACGCUUCAGUCCAUUAAAUCUCUUUUUUAUGAAUCAUAUACCCCGAGGAAUUUCUGUAUUUAGUGCAAUGCCGAAUUUAUAUCAUUUAACAAUUGAAACACCAUUUAUAUUUAUGGAUGGACAUCGAUGGAGAUGUUUUAUUAGUAAUUUUUUACCGAAACUUAAAAUUUUUCAAUUUAAAAUGGCUAUUUAUUUUAAUAAUUUUGAUAGUGUUAAAGAACGAGCUAAUUACAUACUUGAUUCAUUUCAAAAUCAAUUUUGGACUGAUGAACAUCAAUGGUUUGUUCGAUGUCAUUGGAACUCAGAAAAUAAAUAUAAUCAAUGUAUUUUAUUUUAUACUUUACCAUAUACUUUCUCACAUUUAUCUAUUACUAAUAAUCAUCUAUGGUGUAGAUCAACAUGUCCUUAUGAUCGUAAUGAUUGGUCAUCUUCUCGGGUUCAUUGUUUAUCAUAUAAUUCUUAUUUAACUGAACAUAAUAUUCCAUCGAAGAAAAUAGAAAGUUAUGAGAAAUCGAACAAAAAUCAAACAAAUUCUUCAUCAAAAAUUAAUAAAAUUUUUCGAUUCGGUUCAAGAAAAACACGAUCAUUCUCACUAUCAGACGAUAAUCCAACGAUUGUUCCUUGUUCAUUGGAAAAAACUGUAAAAAUUACAUCUGUUACACCUUCUUUAUUUAAUCAAUCACCACUUUUACAUUUUUCUAAUAUUCGUAAACUUAUUGUAGAACUUCCAUUAGAUGAACAUUUUUGGUCGAUUAUUCCCAAACUUAAUCGAUUAACUUCACUUAAUAUUAAAUUAUCUACUGAGAAAAUUAAUCAAUCACAUUUACAAGAAUUAUUUGAUCGAACGCCACAUUUAUAUUCACUGAGUUUUAAUUUGAAUUUUACGUCAAGUUCCAAAUUGCCAUUAUUUUAUAACAAUAGUUUAUCGAUUCGUCGACUAAAUUUCAAAGAAAAUAAUUCAUUUGAUCAAUGUUUUUUCUUUAAUAAUGAUCAAUGUAUUGCAUUAAGUCGUUCUUCAUUUGUUAAACAAUGUGAAGUACUUUCUAUUGGAGUUCGACAUCGAAGAAGUAUACUAUUUCUUAUCAACAGAAUGAUUAAACUGCGAGCAUUAAAUGUUCAAUGUCAAGAUGAUCAGCAUGGAAGUAAGACAUUGUCGCCAAAAUCCGAUGAUCUUAUUCGCUGGCUACAAUGUCAUCUACCGUCUACAAUUUUUAUCGAAAGAGAUUUUCUUUACAAUCGUGAUAUUCGAUUAUGGAUUCGUUAA